CCAGCAGCCACCCGACCAGGGGCCCGGGGCCGUGGGCUCAGCCGACUACCAUGGGCUCUGUGUCAAACCAGCAGUUUGCAGGUGGCUGCGCCAAGGCGCCGGAGGAGGCGCAGGAGGAUGCCGCCCGGGCGGCCGAGGAGCCGCAGCUGCUACACGGUGCAGGCAUCUGUAAGUGGUUCAACGUGCGCAUGGGUUUCGGCUUCCUGUCCAUGACCGCCUGCGCCGGGGUCGCGCUUGACCCCCCGGUGGAUGUCUUUGUGCACCAGAGCAAGCUGCACAUGGAGGGCUUCCGGAGCCUGAAGGAUGGUGAGGCAGUGGAGUUCACCUUUAAGAAGUCUGCUAAGGGCCUAGAAUCCAUCAGGGUCACCGGCCCUGGUGGGGUGUUUUGUAUUGGGAGUGAGAGGCGGCCCAAAGGGAAGAACAUGCAGAAACGCAGAUCAAAGGGAGACAGGUUCUACAACUGUGGAGGUCUAGACCACCAUGCCAAGAAAUGCAAGCUGCCACCCCAGCCCAAGAAGUGCCACUUCUGCCAAAGCAUCAGCCAUAUGGUGGUCUCGUGUCCCCUGAAGGCCCAGCAGGCCCCCAGCUCACAGGGAAAGCCUGUCUACUUUCGGGAGGAAGAAGAAGAAGAGAUCCAUAGCCCUGCCCUGCUCCCAGAGGCCCAGAAUUGAGUUACAGUGGGUGGGGGAAAUUCUUUUGCGAUCAGGAAGUUUUGAGGAGGAGGCAGCAAUCGGCAGAGUGGAGAAAGUGGGGGCAGGGCAGGUAGGGGGCAGCUGGCUCUGCCGUGCAUCUCAGGCCAGGGUCCACAGCAUCACCCCCUCUUCCCUCUUGGCGCAGGGUAGGGGGGAAGGGGUGAGGCCAAUGAACUCCAACCGUGCUCUAUCCAGAUGCUUUCGAGGGUUUUGGAGAAAAUCCCUCCCUGUGUGCUUUAUCUGAAUGUCCACCCCCAGA